GGAUAGUUUCUCCAUAAAUUUACAUUAAUUGUCUGUAUUUCCUAUGGUUCUAAACCUAACCCCGCUUGACUUGACUUGUUGCUUUACUUCAUUAAUAGAAAGGUAACAAGCUGGGUGUCGGUUACUGUGAUUCCCGGAAUGCUGGGAUUUGUAGUUCUUACCCGCAGCGUCUCUCUGCUAGCUACAUGUGGAGCCUGCUGCAGUAAAAGCGAAGAUACCAACUUUACCAAACUCAAACUAGCUGUGUUGUCAUUCAUCAUGUCGUUUUGCUUUAACUUCGACGUUCCGGCACAAACAACACGUCCGGACGACGUGGACGGAAAGAAAGUCAAUACUGCUAAAUGUACGGAGGAUGAUACCAAACCAGCAGCUCCAGUCAAAGAGGCCGAAGAGCACCUUCCACCAUCCGACCCACAGCUCCUCCUGAGGGAUGCUGUCACUGAAACGGUUACCAUAGGAACUCUACCUCCUCUCCACUUCCUCAACGAGACCGUUUUUGAGAAGACGGCCUCGGAGAGAGAGGACGGGGAGAAAAUUCUCUCUUGCACAACGGAGCAGAGGUCUGACCUCAUCUCUGGCGUGUACGAGGGAGGGCUGAAGGUGUGGGAGUGCACUUACGACCUCCUGGAGCUGAUUGAGAAGGACGGAGAGACCUUUGAGGGGAAGGCGGUUUUGGAUUUGGGCUGCGGCGCGGGGCUGUUGGGGAUAUUAGCUCUGCGGAGAGGAGCCAGGCAGGUCCACUUUCAAGAUUAUAACAGCACAGUUAUUGAACAGCUCACAGUGCCAAAUGUAAUAGUAAACUGCCAAGAGGAUGAUGAAGUAGACAGCGAAGAUGACACAGAAGGGAGGGGCAAGGGAAAAACAGAUGGUUUUAAGAAGAAGGUGGAAGAGAAACAAGAGGUAAAAGAUGGCAGCCCAUCACCCAAGAAAAGAGCCUCAGACCCAUCCCAGCACCCAUUACUAGCCAAGUGUCGCUUCUUCUCCGGUGACUGGAGCACAUUUCUUGCUUUGCUUAAAAAAGAGGACCCACAGCCCAAAUAUGACACCAUAUUCACCGCAGAGACCAUCUACAACACCGCAUACUACCCAGCGCUACACGAGACCCUCCACAAACUGCUGGCACCACAUGGACUGGUCUACCUCGCCACCAAAUCCCAUUACUUUGGCGUAGGCGGUGGGCUGCACCUGUUUGAGACGUUUGUGGAGCAGAGGGGUGUUUUCUCUUUGGAUCACCUGUGGGAUGGAGAAGAAGGACUUCAGAGACAUGUAGUAGUCCUACGUUUUAAAAUGGUAAAGGACACUUGAAUAAGUGAAGCAAAUAACUGUCAGGGAUCCUACACAGUUUAUUACAAUAAAAAAUAUCAGGAUUUCCUUUCUAUUUGAAGCUUGUAAGUUGUAUGUCACAGCAACCGUGGUAAAGCUGUAAUAAAAUAUGCCGUCUCAUCUCCCA